AUGGAUGACAAGCUGGAACUUGCUGUCUUUACCCAUCCAGCUCUUAGCAACAACAACAACACGACCUACGACCGACUCGAGAUUCUAGGCGAUGCAUACAUCGAGCUGAUUGCAACCAAACUUGUCUGGGAGAAAUUCCCGGGCUUACCAGCAGGUCGAAUAUCACAGAUUCGGGAGAUCCUUGUGAAGAAUGAAACACUUGCGGGCUUCGCAGAAAGAUUUGGUUUGGAUAGCAGAGUUUCUGUGCCGCCGAACUACAAUGCCCCAUCAAAGCGAUGGACCAAAACAAAAGGCGACGUCUUCGAAGCCUAUAUUGCAGCAGUCAUACUAUCCGAUCCUGUUUGUGGCUAUGAAGCAGUUGAGCAUUGGCUAGCAGGUCUAUGGGUGCCAAUUCUCAAGAACUUGGGCCAUCAGAAAGGGGAGUUACGCUCCAAGGAGGCUCUUGCUAAGAAAAUUAUGGGGAAAAAUGUCAAGCUUGAAUACAUCGAGGAGCGUCCAUCAAUUCAACAAAAGGGUGGCACACAGACUUUCUUUGUCGCGUUGUAUCUCACUGGGUGGGGAUGGGACAAAAGGUUUCUGGGUUCCGGGCAGGGUUUGAGUAAAGCAGCUGCAGGUGAUGAAGCAGCGAAAAAAGCCUUGCUGAAUACGCCGUUGAUUCUUGAAAUCGUGUCAGCAAAGGAAUCAUGGGAACCAAGCUCUUAA